GGUGAGCCACUUGUUGUGUAAAAGAUUUUGUGUAUAGAAUUUGCAAUCAUUGGGUUAACGAGAAGUUGGACUGAUUCCGUCGGCUAGCGAGCGGUAGAAAUAUGUCGGAUCCGAAGGAGCUGCAAAAUGACGAACGAGAAGCACUAAUAUCCAUCUACGAAGGCGACAGUGCCUUCAAGCAGGUGAACUCAGGGACGUAUCAGUACAAGUACGGAGAAGAAGGCAAUAAAUCGUUUCUGCUGGAAAUAUGUUGGACCGAAAAGUAUCCGGAAGAGCUUCCCACGUUCAAUCUGGAGACGUUCUACAACAGGAAUCUCUCACGGAAUGCGAAAGAUAGUAUCGUAUCGAUCCUGCGUGAAGAGGCCGAACAGUGGCUCGGCUGCGGUAUGACUUACACACUAUUUGAGUGCCUCAAAGACAAACUAGACGAUUUGCUGACCGACGAAAACUGUAAUGCCGGCGAAGGGCAGCAGGGUGUAAUAGGAACGGCAAAUGCGACGCUGGAAGAAGAUCCGGUGGCCGACAGUGACUCGGAUGGGGACGACGACGAGUCGGGUGAUGCGCGUGGAAACCGCAAGGAAUCGAAGCGGGAACAGAUGACGAAGGCACAAAAACGGAAGCAAUGGGACCGGGUGGACAGUAAAGGCAAUCGGCAACGGGGCUGGAAUUGGGUGGACAUUGUUAAACAUCUCUCGCAGACCGGUGGGAAACCGGAAUAGGGCCGGUAAGGGUUGAGUUGUGUGAUAUUACGACGGGAACCUGCAACGAAAGUGGAAUAAAAACAAACCGAACCGUGGAAGGCAUUGGUCGACGACUUUGGUUUGAAAAUGGAAAUGUUUUAUGCCGUUUUCACGCCUUAAUUCUACUGCAGCAUUCGUGCGAUAAUUGAACUCGUUUUGCUUCGAUUGAAGUUGGUUUUGGUUUGGUUUUACGAAUCUAGUUUCUGGCCACACCCCACUAAAUCGUGCCGAACUGAAGCCUUUCGUGUUGCUGCGCGUGGCGAAAAUAGAGUACAACGGAACCGCGAUUCCGCGACCACUACCCUACAGCGUGCUAAUAAUGUAGUAAAAAUCUGCUAAUGGAAAUAGUUUGCCAGUUUGAGCUAAAAUGGUAUCACAGCAGGUGAAGCAUACAUUGGUGCGCAGACGGUUUCCGCUUUCUUGUCUCUGCUGCUGCGGUGUCAGUUAAAAUGGCCAUAAAAUCGUGUGCUUUAAAUAGGCUAAUUCU